GCGUUGAGGAAAUAACCUGAUCCAUCGCCAAGGGUUCUUGCACAUUGUCAAACACAACGUGAAGCGCGGCGUAUUUUACGUGCAAUUGGACAAUGUCUGUAAGCGUAGAACAUGAUUAGAUAUAUUAGGAUUAAUCGAAUUUUCAAGAAUCAUAAGAAGAAUACAAAAUAACUGGAAAAAUGGAGGAGGCAGAGUACGUGGCCCUGAUUGAAUGGUACUGUCGCCAGUACUAUUACAAUGGCAUGCUGAUGCACGCCAAGCAGGCGCGUGAUGCUUAUCCGAACAGCGAGCGGCUAAAGCUUCUACUCUGCCUGGCGUACGUCUUCGUCAGGAAGAGUCACGAGGCCGUCAAAGAAAGCUCGAGCUUAUUGAAUUAUGCAGAUUUUAUGCUACCGGCUUUGCUCGUACAGAACCUUGCUCUGGUCGAUGGCAACGCGGAAAGGAGCACCGUGACACAGAUGGAGAACAGAAUUCGGGACGAGCGCAGGAAAGCUCCCUACACUGCGCUGUGCCUCGCAACAUCCAUAUCGCUCCUAUCUGGCCGAGCAGACAAAGCGAAGGAAUACGUGGACAGAGCGUACAAACUGAAACCGGCGAACGUUAACGUACUCCUCGUUAAGGGGUGGGUGGAACUUAGUUUAAGCCCUGGCGGAAACGUUCCAGAGGCAGGUAGCUUCUUCGACCAGGUCCUGAAGGACGAGCCAAGAAAUCUGAGUGCGUUGUUGGGCUCCGCAGAGACGAAGCAACGCGCUGGCGACCACACGGAGGCCAUUUCGAUCCUCAACUCUCUGAUCGUUCGUUAUCCGAAGCUGCCGCUGCCUCUGACAGAGAAGAUGAAGUGUCUCUUAGCCGCGAAGGACUGGGAACAGGUGCUGGAGAUGGUGAACAGAGCGCUGUCGAUCGAGUCCAACAAUCUAGACGCUGUGAAAGCGAGCUCGGUGGUGGCUCUUUGCAGGGAUGGCAUGCCCAGCGAGGGUCUGCCGCAGCUGCAGCUGUUCUUGCGUAAUUUGUUGGUCGUCGAACCGAAGAACAUGGUCCUGUUGAUCGAGAACGUGCGGUUGUUCGCUGGCAUCGCGUUCAAGGACCAUGGAAUUCUGGCGGAACUGGCGCGGAUAACCGAAAAGAUGCUGCAGGCAACGUCGUCGAACAAUGCGGAAUUGAUGGCAGAGCUGGGUGAUCUCUACGUCGCGUUGGGUAACAUCAGGGAUGCUGAGCAUUGGUACAAGAGCGCCAUUCGUGCAGAUCAGUCCUCCUUUGCAGCACUCAUGGGUCUGGCUCGCUGUCAAUUGUUAGAAGGAUCUGCAGAAGAUCUGGAACAAGCACGCCAGCAGGUGGAGAUUAUGAUGGAGAUACAGCCGCACUUGACGAAUGUGCGGCUGCUGCUCAUGUCCGCGAAGAUUGCCUCCAACGAAGACAAUACUAAGGCACUCGGCUAUCUCGAUGCAGCGGCAAAAGUUUUGCUAAAGAAUUGCGAAGGACUUCCCUAUGGUUACAAAUACCUUAAGGAGCUUAAACCGGAUCUCUGUCUCGAUAUUGCGAAGCAACGACUGAUGUACUCGUUGAACAAAUCCCCGAUGGCCGACGACCAGCAAGGCACCGCGAUGGAGAAGGAACCGAGCGUCCGCUUGCUGGAACGACUGAUAGAGGCCUGUCCGGGUUCCACCGCUGCGCUGUUAUUGCUCAGCAGGGCCAAGAUGCAAAGUGGUGAGUACGAGGACGCGCUGAUCCUGCUGAGGCGACUGCUGGACACGGUGGAGCCUUCCAACGCACAAGCGCAUCUCACGAUGGCGCAGAUCCUGGCGUGCCAAGGCAAGUACCAGCUUGCCUCGCAGAGUUUGGAGGUCGGCCUGAGCUACAACUUCAAAAUCCGGGACGAACCGAUCUACCAUCUCAUCGUCGGCAUGGUGCAGCGUGAAGCCGGCGAUAUGGACAGCUGUAUUAAGAGCUGUCAGACGGCCAUGUCCGUGGCAGGUUUAACCGGCAACAGUAACAGAAAGUCUGACAUGUCUACGUCGGACCGUGCGACGCUGUACCUGGAGCUAAUCGCGGCCUACAGCAAGGCCAGACGAUUCGCCGAGGCGGUAGCGCUCGUCGACGACGCGAAAACGAGUCUCGCUGGUACCGCUGAGCUGGGAAGGAUCACCAUCGGCACCGCGGAGGUCUAUCUGGACAUGGGGGAAUUGGAAAACGCUAUUGGCUGCUUGCGCAGCAUCGGUCCUAGACAGCCAUAUUACUUGCAGGCUCAUACCAAGCUGGCCGAGAUCUAUCUGAACUACAAGAAGGACCGACAGGCGUUCGCCAAGUGUUUCAGGGAGCUGGUAGAACAUUGUCCGGGACCGAGAACAUACAGCAUGCUGGGGAACGCCUACAUGUCUAUACAAGAACCCGAGAGAGCGAUAGAGGCGUACGAACAAGCACUGUCGCAAAAUCCGAUUGACAAGGUGGAUAUUGCAAACAGAAUGGGCAAGGCACUCGUUAAGGCACAUCAGUACGCGAAAGCGAUCAAUUAUUACAAGGAUGUAGUGAAGCAGGACAAGUGCGGCGCCUUGAAAUUAGAUCUGGCGAACUUGUAUACGAAGAUGAAGCAAUACGACAAGGCGGAGGCAACUCUGGUGCAAGAGUUGCAAGAUAAACGAGGCGAGUCGGAUAUCCUCAGCUUGGAGAUGCGAGGACAAGAGCUGUUAUUGUUGGCGAAAGUGCGCGAGAAGUCGAGCAACAUCAGGGGCGCAUUGGCUACCUUGAAGGAAGCUAAGGAGAAUCAGCAGAGGUAUAUUCAGCGUCUCACCGUUUCGUCGGAUAUCACGGAUCAGAAGCAGGUGCUGGCGAAUAUUUGUCUGACGAUGGCCGACUAUGCGUCUGCCAUGCGCAGCUACGAAGAAGCGAUCGUACAUUUCAAGGAAGUGUUAGCUCACAAGCCCUCAGAUGUGAACGCUUUGCUUUCUUUGGCAAAACUGUAUAUGCAGAUGAACAAUUUAGACCGGUGCGCGCAGAAUUGCUCGAUCCUGUUAAACGCCGAUCCCAACAACGAGGCUGCAUCCGUGAUGAUGGCGGACCUAGCAUUCCGCAAGGUAGAUUUCGACACCGCAGCUUUCCAUUUCCGACAACUGCUGAUGCGCCAACCCACUUAUUGGACUGCUUUGGCGAGAUUGAUCGAAGUGUCCCGAAGAACAGGUGCCAUGGACGACCUCGAUGAAUGGUUGCAACGCGCUCAGACCGCGAUGGGUGCUGGCAACGUCGAAGCCGGCUUUUACUACUGUGCCGGGCUGCUGGAUUGGCGAACGGGCAAGCUGAAUUCCGCGUUGCGCAAUUUUAAUUACGCGCGGCGCGAUCCCGAGUGGGGUCAGCAGGCAAUCUACAACAUGAUCGAGAUCUGUUUGGAUCCCGACGACGAUACCACUCUGUCGAACGAGGCAUUCAACGAUGAAGAUGCCGAGUAUCAGGACUCGAGGACGAUGGCGUUGAGGACAGCCUACCGAUUGCUGCAGGAACUGAAUCCCAAGGGAAGUCCGCACGAGGAACUAACUCACAAAUUGCUCAGCAACUUCUUCCUGUUGGCCACCAAGCAGAAAUCCAACAUCGAGAAGGCUCUGCAGGAGUGCACCGCGUUGGCGAGCCAAGACACCCUUCGAGAUCAUGUGGGUCCCGCUCUUGGCAUGGCCACCGCUCAUAUUCUGUUGAAGCAGACGCCGCGCGCUAGGAAUCACCUGAAGCGCGUUAGCAAGAACGUGUGGACGUUUGAGGAUGCUGAAUAUCUGGAACGUUGCUGGUUGCUGCUGGCGGACAUCUACGUGCAGUCCAGCAAGUACGACCUGGCAAAUGAGUUAUUGAAACGAGUGCUGCAGCAUAAUGCCACCUGCGUACGAGCCCACGAGCUGUCGGGCCACAUUGCUGAGAAAGAUCAGAAUUAUCGCGAGGCAGCCACAAGAUACACCCAAGCCUGGAAAUGCGGCGGCAAAACGAAGCUAUCGAUCGGCUACAAAUUGGCCUACUGCUGCCUGAAAGCGAAAAUGUACGCUGACGCCAUCGAGGCCUGCAACGAGGUGUUGAAACAGAACAUAGAUUAUCCACGUAUCAAGAAGGAUAUUCUGGAGAAAUGCAUCAAUAAUCUGCGCACGUGAAAUCUGAAUUUGUCCAGCUUGGAUUCGUUUAUAUAUUGAUCGAGCCUUUAUUCGUUAUAUUACAUAAUGAAUGCACAUCCGUCCUUCUUACGAUAUUGGAGACGAUUCUUAAUCUUCUUAAUUAUAUUGGAAAUACUUUACACCAAUUUAGGACUAAUAAAUGCCUAGCGAAUUACAGUAGACGUUGGCACGACAG